AUGCCUCCCAGCGACUUCGACGGGAACGCAUCUUACGAGUUCGGACUCGCGAUGGCGAAGAAAGCCGGGGCCAUGAUCAAAGACGCCUUCCGCAGGCCCAAGACCGUCGAUACCAAAACGUGUGACAUCGAUUUCGUGACGGACACUGACCGGGCAGUGGAAAAGAUGCUCCUUUCCGAGAUCUCGGCUCGAUUCCCGACUCAUAAGUUCAUCGGCGAAGAGGCGUCGGCCGACGGGACGAAGAACUCCCUCACUGCGGAGCCCACGUGGAUCAUCGACCCCAUCGAUGGCACGAUGAAUUUCAUUCAUCGGUACCCAUUGGUAUGCGUUUCCAUCGGGCUCUGGGUGGAUAAGGAGCCGUUUGCCGGGUUCGUAUUCAAUCCCAUCUUGGACCUAUUCUACUCGGCCCGAAAGAACGAGGGUGCUUUCCUCAAUGGGAAACGGCUCCAUGUCUCGGACACGACGAGCCUGUCCCAGUCGCUGGUGAUGUUUGAACUCGGGACGGCGAGAGACCCGGCGAAGAGGGAAAGCGUGAUAGAAAACUUCAAUCGUCUGUUAGAUAGAGGGCACGGAUUCCGUAGCAUGGGUACUUGCGCCCUCAACAUGUGCGCCGUGGCAGAGGGCGGCGCCGACGCCUACUUCGAGUACGGGGUCCACAGCUGGGACGUCGCGGCCGGGUCGCUGAUCGUGAGGGAGGCAGGGGGAUACGUGUGCGAUCCCUCGGGUGGGGACCUGGACGUCAUGUCUCGUCGCAUGCUCUGCGCUGCCUCGCCCGUUCUCGCCCACGAGAUCUGUUCGCUCCUCUUUCAAAUCUACCCGGAACGGGACGAUUGA